AUGAACUCUACAUCAUACACGUACCAGCCCCUCUUGCCGGGUGCGAACUGCAUCCGCCUGCUUCGAUUGCUGCCUGGUGAACCUGCCGAGAAAUUGCAAUGUGAAUUAUUCAAUUACCAAAUUCGCAACAACCAAACAUCGUGUCUCUAUGAGGCUUUGUCAUAUGUUUGGGGGGAUCCGACCGAAAAGAAUGACAUAUGCAUUGAUUCCAAGCAGUUCGCUAUAACGAGCAAUCUUGCUGCGGCCUUCUACCGGCUUCGAGACCCUUCGUUGCCACGUUUGCUUUGGGUCGAUGCAAUAUGUAUAAAUCAAGCAGACCUGGAGGAGCGAGAAAACCAGGUACAGUUUAUGUCAGUUAUAUACUCGUGUGCCAGCCGGGUCGUUGUGUGGUUAGGCGAAGGAUGCCCGCAAAGUAAUCAAGCUUGCCGGCUGAUAAUUGAGGCUGCCGAUGCCAGCCAGCGAGCUGAAGAGACGACAAGACCUGGUGAAGAAAAUGCCAUCAUUGCUUUGCUUAGGCGUCCGUGGUUUUACCGCGUAUGGGUUUUACAAGAAGUUGCCAUGGCAAGAUUUACCCUGUUACUGUGUGGCGACUUUCAGAUGACAGCUCAUGAGUUCAGCAGCGGCUUGAGGCAGUUUCGACACGAAUACGACCAAGAAAAAACCAUAGUAUCAACGAUCGAAUCAGUUGUUUACCUCCUUGAAUGGCAACCAAGAGGCGGUAACCUAGGAUCAAAAUUGUUACCACUUUCGGAACUAAUCGAUAUUUUCCAUCAUCGUCAGGCCACUGACAUACGAGAUAAGGUGUAUGCGCUGUAUGGAAUGAGUACGGACAUGAUGGACACUCGGUCACUCCAAGUGAAUUACCAAAAGCCCUGGUCUACAUUGUUCAAGGACCUUGCACAAUAUUCGUUUGGUGAAAAGGUCCACGUUACAAUU